CAUGCCGCGAUGCAGCACUACGGGGUGAACGGGUACUCACUGCACGCCAUGAACUCGCUCAGCGCCAUGUACAACCUGCACCAGCAGGCGGCCCAGCAAGCCCAGCACGCCCCUGACUACCGGCCCUCGGUGCACGCGCUUACCUUGGCCGAGCGCCUGGCUGACAUCAUCUUGGAGGCCCGCUAUGGCUCCCAGCACCGCAAACAGCGUCGCAGCCGCACGGCGUUCACGGCUCAGCAGCUCGAGGCCCUGGAAAAGACCUUCCAGAAGACUCACUACCCGGAUGUGGUGAUGCGUGAGAGGCUGGCCAUGUGCACCAACCUACCUGAGGCCCGGGUACAGGUGUGGUUCAAGAACCGCAGGGCCAAGUUCCGGAAGAAGCAGCGCAGCCUGCAGAAAGAGCAGCUCCAGAAGCAGAAGGAGGCUGAGGGCUCCCACGGGGAAGGAAAGACUGAGGCCCCGAUUCCAGACACCCAGUUGGAGACUGACCAGCCCCCCAGCCUGCCCAGCGGCGACCCCCCUGCUGAGCUUCACCUGAGCCUAUCUGAGCAGUCGGCCAGUGAGUCAGCCCCUGAAGACCAGCUCGACCGGGAGGAAGACCCCCGGGCAGGGGCUGCAGAUCCCCAAACUGAGAAGAGCCCUGGGGCUGAGAGCAAGGGGCUGGGCUGCAAGAGGGGCAGCCCCAAGGCAGAUUCCCCGGGCAGCCUGGCCCUGGCCCCUGCAGCCCCCGGGGGCGGCCUCCUGGGCCCCUCCCACUCUUACUCCUCAUCCCCGCUGAGCCUCUUCCGUCUGCAGGAGCAAUUCCGCCAGCACAUGGCCGCCACCAACAACCUGGUGCACUACUCUUCCUUCGAAGUGGGGGGCCCGGCCCCUGCUGCUGCUGCGGCUGCCGCCGCCGCUGUGCCCUACCUGGGCGUCAACAUGGCCCCUCUGGGCUCACUGCACUGCCAGUCCUACUACCAGUCGCUGUCAGCGGCCGCUGCUGCCCACCAGGGCGUAUGGGGGUCUCCACUGCUGCCCGCACCCCCCGCAGGCCUGGCACCUGCCUCGGCUGCCCUGAACAGUAAAACCACGAGCAUCGAGAACCUGCGGCUUCGGGCCAAGCAGCACGCGGCCUCCCUGGGACUCGAUAUGCUGCCCAACUGACUGCUUGCCUCCCACCCAGCCAGGGCUCUUGGGUGCCCCCAGCCCAGCCCCAUGGUUAUCCCAAGACGGCUCUCAGGGAGUUAACUCCAGGAGCCCAGGGACCCCGGAGCCUUGGAGUCCUGCUUCCUAUCCCUCUCCCCCUCCCCCCGCCAGAGCUCCAGCCCGCGGUGAAGCCCACACCUACGCCCUCUGCAUGGCCCUGCUUGGAUCCCACGGAGGCUGAAUGGGGAGGAGGUGAGAGGCUGGUGCCCCCAGCUUUCCUCGGGGAGUGAGAAGCUCUCGCUGGCUAGAUCCCCGCCUCAGCGUCACCUCCUCCCAUCCCUCCCUUCCUCCCCUUCUGUCCCUAGUCAGUUGGUGUGUGGAAUGUGAGAUACAUAAAGCUAUAUUUUCAGGCACCUGCCUGCCCCAGGCCCCCUGCCCCGCUCCAUCUCUUCUCCUCUGCUGCUCCUGCCUCCACCUGCAGCUUCCGCAUCUCACUCUGGCCUUCCCUUCUCUCUGUCUCUCUGUCUCCCCCUUCCUUCUUCCCU